ACUGGCGCGCGCGCGCCGCUCGCGGCAAUAUCAAACGCGUGAGAUGUUUGUGUGUGUUUACGUCGAACUAGCGGCGGAGCGCGCGAUUCACUCGCGACGUCAGGUAAGUUCAACCAGUAUGAACUUGUCGCUAGAAACGGUAGCACGUCUCCAUCAUGUCUUUCAAUACAGAAGAGUUUAUUAGUGCUGUUCAGGCUAGAACUCCGAUUUGGCAAAGCAAACACAGGCAUCAUAUGAACAGAAAUAUUCUCAAUAAGCUAUGGAAGGAAAUUGCGGAAUUGUUUCCUGAAAUGGAGGAAAAGGCUUUAAGAAAAAAAUGGAAGAAUAUUCGGGACCAAUUUAUGAAAGAGUUUAAAAAAAUUCCGGUUUCUCGUUCUGGAGAUGCUGGAACUGAUCAAAACACUUCAAUGUGGCCAUAUUUUCAAAUGAUGCAGUUUAUAAAAGAUGACGUUACCCCAGAAUUAAAUGAAGGCAAUUUAGAUGAAACUGCUGAUGGAAACUGUAGUGAUAAUAAUGAACGGUCCCCAACUCCCCAGUCAAUAGCUGGUUCAUCUACAAGUACACAAUAUACGAGCACCAAACGUAAAUGUGCACAAGAUGUAAGACAGGAAUUCAUGGAAUUAAAGAAGAAAAAGUUGGAAUUAUUACAAAUUAAACUGUCGCAAAGCAGCGAAAGAUAUGAAUUUUCGGUUAAAAAUAAAAGAUCGUCGUCCAUGUUUACAAUCUCUGACAACACGUCACACUCGCGCAAACGCCUGGCGGCUAAUGUGAACACGAACUCGCCACUUCUCCGGGCCCGCACCCGCCGCCGCGCCCGCGCUUUCCAACAAUUAGGGGCACUUAAACAACAGUACAGAGAAACUGACCACAUGCUGUUCACCGAUCUCUGUUUAACAGUGAAUGGAAGUGGAGAAAUCAAGAAAGCUAUAAAAUGGGCCAAAAUACAGAAGAACCACGUGAUAGAAAAGUGUUAUCAAUUGAAACGGAGGAGUCAAAUAUCCCCAAAUGGUACAGUGAACAAAUCGACAGAGAAAAAUUAG